CUCCAGGAAGGCACAACAUUCCAACUGGCCUCUGACAAGCUCAGAAACACACCACGAUGAUACCAUUUUGGAUUUUGGUUCUUCUGGGGACUGCAGCUGCAUUAGACGAUGAUAAGAUCAUUGGAGGCUACGAGUGUCCACGUAACUCCCAGCCUUGGCAGGUUUAUUUCACCUAUAAGGGCCAGCGAUGGUGUGGGGGCUCCCUGAUCACAUCACGGUGGAUCAUCUCAGCCGCUCAUUGCUAUAAGCAACCCAAGUCCUUGAUUGCUCACCUUGGGGAACAUGAAACUUCCAAGGAAGAGGGAACAGAGCAACAUAUUCAGGUAGAAAAAGCGUUUCAGUUCUUCUACUACAACGAGUAUUACAUGGACCACGAUUUUAUGAUGGUGAAACUUUCAAAGGAUGCAGAGUUCAACCAAUACGUGCAGCCCAUCAAGGUGGCAAGGGAUUGCCCAAAGGCCGAGAGCCAAUGUCUAGUGUCUGGAUGGGGCAAUCUGCUAACAUCUGGGGUGCAAUAUCCCGAUGCUCUACAGUGUUUAAAUCUUCCUGUUUUGUCUGACGAAAGCUGCAAAGCUUCUUACCGCGAUCAGAUUACAUCGAGCAUGUUCUGUGCUGGCUUCCUGGAAGGAGGGAAAGACUCAUGUCAGGGUGACUCUGGAGGGCCACUGGUUUGCAAUGGAGAGCUAUAUGGAGUAGUGUCUUGGGGAAAAGGCUGUGCCCAGAGAGCUUACCCCGGUGUGUACACCAAGGUGUGCAACUACUUAGAAUGGAUACAGCAUGUCAUUGACAGUUAUUGAAGACGCUUAUUGUGCAGCAGAUCGUUCCUUUGCAUAUAAGUUUCGCACAAUAUUUUAUUUUUUCUAACAACACAGAUUCUAAUAAAACUAAUGAGGCAUUCA